AUGAUUCAAUUUGACAAUACAAAAAAAAUGCUGCCGUGUGAAUACAAAUCAUUCAAAAAAGUAUAAACACCAUCAGCCAUGGAUUUGGAUGAUUUGCAUUCAUAUAAACAACAACUCAUCCAUGUAAACAACGCUUUAUCUACCUGUUAUGAUGAAGUUGCAAAAGAAGAACUUUUGGCACUGAAAAAUACCAUUGAAGAAUUGUUGUCUCUAACAGAGGGAUCCAAAGAUGAAUAUAAUGAUGUACCAACCUCCAGCAAGAAUGAUACUAAUGAUAGUAAUGAUGAAUAUGCCCUGUUCAUGGCUGAAAUGGAAAAAGCAGGAGCCGUUGACAAACAUACCGAGGAGCAUGAAUCUCCGCUACCUGUAAAUGUCAAGGAUAUUGAGGGAAAGAAAUGCAGGGCUCCUCAUAGGCACCAUUGGGGAAAUAUAGUAUAUCAUAAUGCAAUGAUUUGCUCACUUGAGUCAAGUGAUACAGAUGAUGAGAUAAAAGUUCGAGUUCUUUAUACCCACCCAACACAUCAAGAAAUGAUGCCUUGCCCAUAUUAUUAUGAUUCGGAUUGCAAGUUUUCUGAAGAAAAAUGCCGAUUUUCUCAUGGGGAAAUAGUUUCUUAUUGUAGUUUACAAGAGUAUAUAGAACCUAGAUUCGAAAAUCUGACUACUGGAAGUAUAGUAUUGGCCAAGCAGACAGACAAUCUUUGGUAUCGAGCAAUUGUUAAAGAGAUAUAUGAGGAUAAAUGUUUGGUCAAAUUUGAAAGUGAUAAGAAACAAAUUGAAGUCAACCUUGAAGAAACAUUCCCACUAAACAGUGAAAAUGAUGAAAGUGGUGAUAUAAGUGAAGUUGAAGAAGACACUGCCUAUAAUGACAAAAAUGAUGAAGAUGUAAUUAAUCAGAGUCUAAUGGUUACUCCUUCAAACGUACCGUUGGGCAAUUGGGAAAAACAUACAAAGGGACUGGGAUCCAAGUUGAUGGCGAAAAUGGGAUACAUUAUUGGAACAGGUCUUGGAAAAAGAUCAGACGGACGAAUAGAUCCUGUUAGUGCUGUUGUUCUGCCUGCUGGGAAAUCAUUAGAUCAUUGUAUGAAACUCCGAGAGCAAUCUGGCGGUGAUGAGAAUUUAUUCAAUGCCGAAAGAAGGUUUCAGAGGUUACAGAAAAAGCGAGAAAAGCAUAAUAAGAAAUUGAAUGAUAAGAAGUCACAUGACAACAAUGUUUUCAACUUUAUCAAUAAGACUCUGGAGGAUAACGAUGAGGAUACAAAGAAAGGUCGUUUGGGAGAAUGGCAGCAAGUGAAACAAGAGUGUUCAAGAAAUUUGAAUAUCAAGAGCUUACAAUUAGCAGAGAGUAUUAGGCGAUCAGAAAGAGCUUUAGAAAUAUUGAACGAGUCGUUAUCAAGGAAUACUGAUGUUACUUCAAGUAUCCAUAAUAAACUGAAAGAUAAACUAGUGCAUACACAAAAUCAGCUAAGGUCAUAUCACUCUCAAGCAGAACUUAUCAAGAAUGAACAGAGUUUUAGAAAAGAUAAGAAAAAAAUGACAAUCUUUUAGAGAGAAUUACAUUUUUCUAUUUGUUCAUAUUAUAUAUAAAUGUUAGCUGUAC